AUGUCCCAGCCAAUGGACUCCCCGAGCAAGACUGAGGAGAAACAAACGGUGGACAAAGCUUCAUCUUCGACUCAGCCCAUCCCUCUGGAACCUACAAUUAGGAUUAACAAUCCGUGCCCCAAGGAACCGGACGUUCGACCUUCUGAGAUGUUCGAAGCCGAGGUUCUGGACACCCCUGAGAACAUCCUUCCUUCCUCCUGUAAGGUGGGUGUAAUGACUUGGCCUAUUGAAAAAGACAUCCUGGAGGCCCAACAGACUGAACCUGAUCCCAGUACCGGCCCUCCGGGAAAGAUGUUUGUUCCUACGGCCAUGGUGGGUAAGGAGCCUGAUGUGGGCGUCCCCUCGGUCCAACUUCACAUCAAACGCUGCCGUCGGAUCUGGCGUCAGACAAGAGCAGCUCUGUCCAGAUCUUCGGAGCAGAACAGACGCUUCGCUGACAGACGUCGGUCCAAGGCUCCUGACUUCAAGAAUGAUACGAAGAUCAAGUUAAAGACAACAAGACCACGUUUCAGUGCAUUUUUCCAGCCUGAGAGCUCAUCUUUGAUUGCACACUAUCCCAUUUGUCUGAGCCUGGUGUUCUUUGGAGUCCUGUUGGGAUGGAGGCAUGCUCAGAUAAAGGAUGGUCUCACUGCAGCCCCAACAACUUUAGGACAGAAGAUGAACACCUUCCAAUCAGAGAGGAGGGAAUGGUCGUUGAACCAUCUGACAGUGCAUAAGUCCACCGGGGCUUUGUAUGUUGGAGCCGUCAACCGAAUCUACAAGUUGUCAGCUAAUCUCACACUCCUGGUGUCUCAUGAUACAGGGCCAGAGUACGACAACAAAGCGUGUUACCCUCCACUGAUCGUCCAGCCUUGUUCGGAGUCUUUGGCCUCAACAGACAAUGUGAACAAACUCUUACUAAUCGACUACUCUCACAAUCGUCUGUUGGCCUGUGGCAGCCUUUAUCAGGGCAUCUGUAAACUGAUGAGGCUUGAUGACUUGUUCAUCCUAGUUGAACCCACACACAAGAAAGAGCACUAUCUGUCCAGUGACAACCAGACGGGGACGAUGUACGGGGUUGUUGUUCCUUCCCAGGGUCAGGAUGCCACUCUGUACAUCGGCACAGCUGUCGGUGGCAAACAGGAUUACUUCCCAACUAUCUCCAGCCGUAAACUCCCACGAGAUCCAGAAUCCUCUGCCAUGCUGGACUAUGAGCUUCACACUGAUUUUGUUUCAUCUCUAAUCAAAAUCCCUUCAGACACACUGGCUCUUGUUCCACACUUUGACAUUUAUUACAUCUAUGGCUUCUCCAGUGGAAGCUUUGUCUACUUUAUGACUGUCCAGCCAGAAACUCCGGAGAAUGGGAUGCCUGCAGGUGGCUCUCCUGGUGACCAUUUUUACACUUCUCGCAUCAUCCGCCUCUGCAAAGGUGACAAGAAGUUUCACUCAUAUGUCUCACUUCCUAUGGGGUGCAUACACAAAGGUGAGGAGUACCGUCUGCUGCAGGCAGCUCAGCUGUCCAAAGCCAGCAGGGUGCUGGCUAAGUCUCUCAAUAUCAGUGCUCAGGAAGAUGUGCUGCUUGCUGUGUUCUCCAAAGGGCAAAAGCAAUACCACAACCCUUCUGAUCACUCUGCUCUGUGCAUCUUUACGAUCCAAGACAUCAACAUGCGCAUUAAGGAGCGACUGCAGUCUUGCUACCAAGGAGAGGGAAACUUGGAACUGCAUUGGCUGCUGGGAAAGGAUGUACAGUGCACCAAAGCGCCUGUCCCCAUAGACGAUCACUUCUGUGGUCUGGAUAUAAACCAACCCUUGGGGGGCUCCCAGCUGGUGUCGGGUCAGACACUGUUCACGGAGCAAAGGGACAGGCUGACCUCUGUCACUUCCUACAUCUACAAUGGGCACAGUGUGGUCUUCCUGGGCACCAGGAGUGGGCAGCUAAAAAAGAUCAGGGUGGAUGGAGCUCCGGAUGGAGGAGUGCUGUAUGAGACACUGCCUGUGAUGAAGGACAGCAGCUGCCCCAUCCUCCGGGACAUGGCCUUCUCCUUGGACAGGAACUCUCUCUAUGUCAUGUCUGACAACCAGGUGGUCCAGGUCCCUGUGGAGGCUUGUGAGCAGUACAGCACAUGUGCAGAGUGCCUCAGCUCCAGUGAUCCGCACUGUGGCUGGUGUGUCCUGUACAACAUGUGCUCCAGGAAGGAUCGGUGUCCGCGAGCAGAGGAGAGCUUCCGGUUUGCGAGCGACAUUGACCGCUGCGUGAAGGUUAUUGCUCACCCAGACAGCAUUGCUGUAUCAGCACACAGCGUCCCCUUGCUGCUGGAGGUGAAUAAUGUUCCCGACCUUUCUGCUGGAAUUACCUGUUCGUUUGGCCAACAGGCCCUAGCUGAGGGUCACGUCAACGGUAACCGUGUCAUGUGUCUUUCUCCGGCCGGGAAAGAGGUCCCUCAGAUACUAGAGGGGCAAGACUGGGCUGGCGUGGAGCUUCGCCUGAAUUCAAACGAGACGGGUCAAAUGGUUGCCAGCACCGAGGUGAAGUUCUACAACUGCAGCAUGCAUCAAAUGUGA